AUGGCAAAGUCAAAGAACCAUACCAAUCACAAUCAGAACCGUAAAGCUCACAGAAACGGAAUCAAGAAAGCAAAGAGCUACAGGAAAUUACCAACAUUCGGUAUGAAUGCUAAAUUUUUGAAAAACCAGCGAUUUUGCAAAAAAGCUGCUAUGAAGGAAGCAGCAGCAGCAGCAGCAGCAGCCAAGAAAGCUCUUUUUAACUAA